GGAAAAGUAGCUUGAAUAAACCAAUAAAAACCACAACCGUAUCGAAAGGUCUGACUACUUUUCAAAUAUUUAUGAAGGAAACGUUGCUCCCUUUCCCACCUUUCCUUGCGUUCCAUGGACUCCACUCCUUCCGUUCCCGCUGAUCAACCCGACGCCGCAGACCAUGAAAACACCACCACCACAACCACCGUUGAUGCCAACCCCAACCCUUCAAAUCCGGCGGUCCCAAACUCUUUGCCGGGUGAUGCAAGCCCAGAAAAACCCAUCGGCAGGAACAAAAAGAAGGCGAAGAAGAGGGUAUUAAGAGACCCUUCUGCAGCGUCCUCCUCUUCUUCUGCUUCAAUAUCUUCGGGUUCGUCUGUCAGAGGAACACGCGUGGCGGGCAAGCGCCGAACCCCUAAGUUGGUUUCCACGGCGUCUCGAAGAAACCCUAAUGCAGACGAGAUUGCGUUUCGGCUGGGGAUGUCAAUUGCAGCUUUUGUUGCCCAGAUUCUGGAAAGGAAUGGUGAGCUAGGUGCAGGGAUGUCGUCUGAUCAUCUUGCUAAGAUAUGUGCUUCAGCUGUCAGAGAAUCUUUAGCCAAUGAUUUUGGGAACACAUUUGAUUGUUUUAUCAGGAACUUUGAAGAAUCAUUUGGAAGCACCUUGAGGACUCUAAAAUCGAUCAAGGAAUCAUCUACAGAAAACAGGGGAUAUAUCUCAAGCCACCAAAACAUGGACAGGUCAAAUCUGCGUGUGCCUCAUGACGAGCAUGAUGAUUGUUUAAGAAGAGAAAGCAGUUCUGUUAUAGAAGAUUGUCACUCAGAAGAGAUUCCCCACACUAAUGCAACCCUGGGUCAUUUAAAUUAUAGAGACGAAGUACAGCAGAAUAUGUUAACAGAUUCUCUUAAUCUGGAGCUCUCUUUGCAUGGGCAAACAAACCAGUUGGCUUGUGUUUUCCCAAGGAUUUCUGAAUCUGGAACCAACCAGUCUAUUCUUAAAACUAUUGGAAAAUCUGUCAUGGAGCAAGCCCGUGCAAAUGACCUCAAAACAUUGGAGCUUAAUCUUACAAUACAAAAAAUGAAGAUGAAAGAGACACAACUGGAUCUCCACUAUGAUUCUAAUCAACUGGAGAGAUCAAAAUUUGCUAUGGGCAUAUCAAAGCAAUCGUUUAAAGCUGAAAAGUUUAAGAGUCAAUUAGAAGACAUCAGACAUGCUGAGCUGCUUCGAAGGUGUAAUGACUGUCUAGUUUUUGGUUUGCUUGUCAUGGCUGGAUUCCUGAUGUAUGGUGUUUAUGUCUAUUCAUAUGAAAGACUUACAGAAGGAACUGCAUCCUGUACAUCUCCUUCAACAAAGGGUUCGAAGUCUUGGUUGAGAUGGGAAGCCUGGGAUCCAAUGACAUCUUUCAAUUCAUGGUUUAAUGUUCUAUGGUGUAAGGUUCAAGUUUUAUCUCGAGCGCUAAUUGGUCUCUUAACGAUUGUUGCAAUUACUUUCGUCUUCCUCCAUUGCUCAGCAACUGCAAAACGGAUAAUGCCAGUAACUUACAUAGUCUUGCUAUUGGGACUUUUGUGUGGUACUGCGGGCAAGUUCUGCAUAGACACAUUAGGAGGGAACGGUAAUAUUUGGGUUAUGUGGUGGGAGAUUUUUUGCGCGCUGCACUUCUUGUGUAAUGUCUUUACAUCGACCUUGUACCUUAUCCUGUAUGGAUCAGUUGAUGCGUCCCAAGGAGCAAAAAGAAAAACAAGGUUACCAUACUGCAUCCGGCGAGUGGUGUUCUUUGCUAUUUUGUUUCUGCUUCUUCCAGUGUUUUGCGGCCUCUUGCCUUUCGCAAGCCUUGGUGAAUGGAAACAUCAUUUUGUGGUGUGGGUCACUGAUCUUGGUUACUGGUGAUGAAAGGUGGCUACUGGAGUGCUGAGACGAGCUGCUUCUUUUUACUCAACGAGGUAGCUUUUGAGUAGAGGCCGGCGUUGUAAUUUGUUUGUAAGUUAUGGGAAGCUGCCGUUGUAUCAUAUGCCGGAAUAAUCAGGCUGGCAUUGUAAUUUGCUGUGUACUAUUAGCAUUUUGAGUGUAGUGAGAGGGGGGGGGGGGGUGGUUUUGCGGCCAAGGGUUGGGGGCUGUUUAAACUCUUGAUGUGUAUUAUCAGAUAUUCAAAUGAAUAUAUUGCAAUAUCAAUUAAAUAAUUUUAA